CAGAUCCCACCUCGCCGCUCUUCAGUUUUAAGCAGGCGUGGCUUCUGACUGCUUGGAUUCGGGAACCAAGGCGCGAGAGCGCAACUUGCAAGCAACUAGCCCGAGCCUUGGAAAGCACGCGAGGCGCGAAGCCCACGGUAGGAUCGCUGCGCGUCGCUCCCUCUCCCGGAGGAACGAGCCAAAAGCUCGGCCAGGCAGGAGUCGCUAAGAGGGUCAGCCCUGGGAACCCUGGAAGUUCUCCUCUUGGCUGGUUGGGGUCGCCGCUUGCUGCCGCCCUCUGUGUCCGACCCCAAUUGAGGAGAAGGUGGCGGAGACGAGCAUCAUGCAACGCACAGGCGCUGUCCCUUCUCAAUGAGUGACCCCGCGGCGUCAGCUCUCUGGCUCCUCCUGCUCCGGCUGAUCUUCCCCGCGCCUCCUCCAGAGGCGGCAGCAUCACAUUGUUUUUUGCCCAGCCCAUGGAAUGUCCAUUUUAUCUCCAGAAACAUGAAGAACAUCCUGCAUUGGUUGCCACCAGAAGGAAUAGAGGAGAACAAAUUAAAUUAUAAAGUGAAGUAUUUGAUAUAUGGCACGGAUAAAUGGAUUAAGUAUCCAGAAUGUAAGAAUAUCAAUCAGACCUGGUGUGACCUCUCACAUGGAACAUACAACCACAAAGAACAAUAUCAUGCCAGAGUGAAAGUCUCUCUAAAGGGAAAUUGUUCUGUCUGGGCAGAAUCACCCAGGUUCAAUCCAUUUACAGACACGACUAUCGAUCCACCCGCAUUUGCCCUCUCGUCUACCGAGAAUUCUAUUUCAGUCACCGUGGUUCCCCCCGAGAAAUGGAAGGCAAAUCCCAGGGAGGAACCGGUAUAUUUGCACGAAAUAUACUCGGGCUUACAAUAUAACGUGUCGGUAUUCAACAAAAACAUAAAUAAAAGAUGGAUGUUUUGCAUUCAAAACAACCGAUUGGAGGUGCAGCAGUUACAACCAAAUACGAUAUACUGUGUCACCGUACAAAUUUAUAUUACUCCACUUCUGUUUAGUGAAUUAUCUGAAGAACACUGCAUCGCUACCCUGAAAGCAGAUCCAGCUUUCAAGCAAACUGCAACAGUCAUAUUUGGAUAUACUUUACCAGGUCUGUUGUUAGUCCUGAUUAUUUUGGUGUCAAGCUGCUGUCUAUAUAGAUACACUCAUUUCGUGAAGCAAACGUAUCCCAAGAACUUGAUCCUGAAAUACAGUCAAAGCUGUGGAAGAGAUAAUUUUGUUCCUUCUGAAAAAAUAGUGGUUAACUUCAUUUCAGUUAACGUUGUAGAAGAACAUAAAUCCUUUCCGGAGAACCAUCAGCAAAGAAUUGGCAAUGGCUACAUCAAUGCUGAGGGAAGCUGUGCAGAAGAGAAAGCUUUGAAAAAUGUUCUGGGAAACAAUAAUUUCUUAGAAAGGGACAAUGAACUAAAAAAUGAACAAAAUAGAAGCAAAGCAAAACUGGCAGAGUUGGAAUCGCCCCAGGCUUUAGGACAGACGCACAAUGAUGAAGUGGUGGCAUACGAAUUUGAUGUGAGGGCUGAACAGAUGACUCCAGUUCAGGAGAAACAGCAAAUGUUUAGCUGUAUUUGUGAACCAGAUUGUGCACCGCACAAUUCACAAGCAAAAACGUUGCCCAUCUAUGGAACAAAGCAGGAAUAUUGCCCCCAGUUUGGCACACAAGAUCCAAACACCUCUUUCAGGCAACAGUUAAAAGAAGUCCUUCUGAAUGAAAGGCAAUCUGCUUCUUUACAAUUAGACGAUGCUGAAAUCCCUCUGAUAAAUUUGAUGGCUGAUGAGCCCAACCGGGCCUUCUGUUCUGAGUGCGAUGUUAUAGCAGAUAUUUGUUUGGUGCCUGAUCCAAAAGAGCCCUUUUUGGAUGAAAAAGAAGCUGCACUCAAAGAACCACACACUUUACUAUCUCUACUAACUCAAAAGACAGCUUCAAAACAUCACCAGAUUGGAACAAGGACCAAGGAAAACCAGGAAACAGGGAUGGAAGACAAACUGAACCAAACAGUUGACUGGAAUCCCUGGACUGGGAGGAUGUAUUUAUCCCCGUUACUUAACAUAACAAAAGAAGAUAAAAUUGACUCCAAAAAUUAUGAGGAAUCCCUUGAAGAAGCCCUUCUAUUCAGGCUUUAUGAGAGCCACUGCUCUGAAGACUUAUUAGGAAGAUAUGAGAAUAUGUACCUCCCCCAACUCAAAGAACAUUGGGGACUACAUAUAGAAAUGCAAACUUAAUAUGUCUUUCAUUUCACAAUUUACUAACUCAGUCACAUGUCUAUCAACAAAGACAUGGGUUCAGCCCACAGUCAACUCUAAUCAAAGGAUCUUCUUCCAAUCAGCCAAGUCUUGCCUUAUGCAAUGAUAAGGGCAAUCAGGUUGACCCAAACCCCAAGAGCUUCUUCUAGACUUUUGCAGAUAAGGAAUACCGCAUACUAGCUGAAUAUUGGUGAUAAGUAAAGAUUUUUUGGCUAUCUUCAUAUCAUUAGAUUCAGCAAUUCAGUACAUCUAAAAUAUUUUGUUAAGAAGACAGACUUGAGCUUUAUUGGUUUGCUUUAAUUUAGACUGCCCAUACAGAGCAAAAUAAAUAAAUAAAUGGCUUGGUUUGAAUGGUAUGAUAAGAGGAACUGGCUGUUGUAAUGAAAACAGAAAAAUCUAGAAUAUUAGAGGGAUAAUUCAGCAUAGGGAACUAAUAGCACCAGGGAUUAAUAUAGGUAGUCACUGAUUUACAACUGUUUGUUUAAUGACAGUUCAAAGUUACGAUGAUCUCAGAAAAAGUGACUUAUGAUUCAUCCUCAAAGUUACAACCAUUGCACCACCCCCAUGGGUCACAUGAUCACAACAUGGGUACACUUGGCAACUGGCUUGUAUUUACAAUUGCAGUAUCUUGCGGUCACAAGAAUGAGAUUUGUGACUUUCCCAGCCAGUUUCUGACAAGCAAAGUCAAUUGGGUAGAUUGGAUUCACAUGAUUUACUUAACAACAAUGGUGAUUUGUUUAACAACCUAAUGGUUGUAAAAUUGGGUCUGGUUACAUGAUGAUCAUUUAACAACUACAUUGUUUAGACCUAAAUUCCAGUCCCAACUGUGGUAAUAAGUCAAGAACCACCCAUACAUGUUUUUACUGGCCUUUUUAAAGCUUUUUAAAGGUUUUAAGCUGUCAAUGGGUCAUAGUUAAGUUGGACAUGUGAUUUCACUAUCUGAAGUGUCAUGCUUCUGAAUUCAAAUAAGAGGAUGCUACUGUAAUCAUGUCUUGCUUGAUGGCUUCCCAGUAGCAUUCAAUAGGCUGCUGUUAACUUCUGACAAAGUGCUCUAAACUAUAAGAGUUGAUUAACAUCUUUGGAAUGUUGGGAGAGCAUUCUGAAUACAGUCAAAAAUGUACUAUUUAUGGUGGACUUGACCAAUCAUAAAAUGAACAGUCAUCAUUACUCAUUCCCAACUCCCCAAAUGCUCACUACUUUUUCUUCUUAGCCCUUUCUUCUGAUCAGAUGGGGACUCACACAACCAAAUCAGAUGGACUGCAGCUUCUGAUCAGUUUUUCUAGGCAUGCCUGUGAAAUAUAUUGUGGGCUCUGAAAGCAAUAAAUAUAUGUAUAUAUGUA